UUUCUAGUGCUGAUUCCUUCCUCAAGCAGAGCUUGGCAGAUUUAUUACAGAUGAGAUGCGGACAAGCAGUGACUUGAAAGAUGAUUGAGACAGCCGGCCUCAUUGCAGUCACUCCCAUGGUUUUAGAGUUGUGCCAGACAAGCCUAGAGACUGGCAUGGACAUGAUUUUGUAGAAAUUUAGUAGAAUUAAUUUUAACUUAGAUUAUCUACUCUAGAUUUGGAAUUGGGAUUCCAGUGAUCAAAGCUUAUCUAUGGCAACUUAAAACCCUAAAAAGAUUUAGUCAUCUACAUUUAAUUUACUACGUGAACUUUGACUUCCAUACUAAAUAAAGAGAUGGUGCUUCAAGAUUGUUUUCCUGGCUCAUACAAAAGAAGUUCUUUACCAGUAGUGGAGUGCUUGCAGUUUCUUCUCCUGUUUGUGUUUUGCUGUCCACUAAAUGUACAUUGGUGGAAACUGCUGUCACUAAAAACACGUUACCUAUUGCACCCAGAGUAUAAUGCUUUUUGAGGUUGCUGCUCCCAUCAAUCUGCUCAGUAAAAGUAGCUCAUCUUGUAAUGGAGGAGAAAGUUCGAGUCGCAGCGCAGAGAAACGGGCAGCUAAUGAAGAAGCCGAAGACUUCACCACAAAGCCUGCUCCUGCCAAAAUGUCCAAGUUUGGAUUUUCCAUAGGCAGUCAGACAACAAAGAAGGCAUCUGCAAUAUCCAUCAAACUAGGAGCAAAUAAGCCUAAAGAGCCUGUUCCAACCCUGGCUCCAAAAACCCUUUCUGUAGCAGCAGCUUUCAAUGAAGAUGAAGAUAGCGAACCAGAAGAAAUGCCUCCAGAAGCCAAGAUGCGCAUGAAGAACAUUGGAAGGGAUACACCAACCUCAGCAGGACCAAAUUCCUUCAAUAAAGGAAAGCAUGGAUUUUCUGACAACCAGAAGCUAUGGGAACGAAAUAUAAAAUCUCAUCUUGGAAAUGUCCAUGACCAAGAAAAUAACUAAAUGAUGUGGAUUAUAAGUUGGGUGUUUGGGGGGAGGGGAGGGUGUAACGUUAAAGGAACAGUUUCCUUUUUUAAGAAUGGUAUGAGACUAUCUUUGGAGCCACUUUUUUAAGAUUUUGAGUGGUACACUAACGAAUUAGUUUGAAAUUAGAGGUAAUUUAUGUUUUGUAUACAGAUUUCAAGGCAUUUGCUAAUUUUGUAGUUCAUGUGAUUAGUUUCAAAAGGUUACAGAUAAUAAAGAAAUUGGAGUGGUACCUUUUUAAGAAUUUUUUUUUUUUGGCCAGUCAUUGAAUAAGGUGGAUGAAAAAGGUUACUGUCUCUUUAAUCAGGCUAAAAUUGAAUGCUCAUGCAUUCUUACUUCUGGCUCCCUCUUCAUAACAGGAGAAACAAUUGACUUCUAGGAGUUCUGCUAAAGAGAGAGCAUUGUUUUGUGCUAGAAGUGUUACUGGACUAUUAAUUUGAAUAUAAUCUUACACAGGAAAUAAUAAGAACCUGGAUUUUCUUUUUCUCCCUGCAGUCACCUUUUGUUAAGUCUCUGCAAAGUAGGAAUUAUGUUGCUCUGAGUGGCUCUGGUAACUUAGCUCUAAUUUUGUUUAAAACUUCAUGUAGGAUGUGUAACCUUCUGUGGUCUGUUUCGUCCUAAGGAAAUGGGCCUUGUCUGUAUAUUAGAUACAGUCUGUAAAGAAUAUUCACUACAAAGGUAAAUCAGUAUUUUCAGUGUGCUCCUCUUAAAUCAUUAGCCUUGAGCAGUGCUUGUUAGCAUUUCCUAGUGGUACACGAAAGCCACCACCAAAAAUACAAGCUAAUGUACAUUAAGCUCCACAUUUGGUUGAAAUAUUUUUCUUUACUAUGCCUAGAAGGAAUAAAAGCCACACCAAAAAUCAGUAACUCACUGCUUAAGUAUGAAAAAUCCAAGAUGCACUUUCCCUGACUUGCCAUUUAAAACAAAAUGCCUUGAUGCCUGUGACCUCAGUGGACACUAUCAGGUCAAAGAAUACUAUGUCUGCAGUCCUAAUGCUUCUAACAAGUGGCAACUUCAGAAAUAAAACUUGACCUUUUCCUGCCUGUCUGCCUUUUGCAGUGAUUUUCAGCCAUGACAUUAGUCUGGUCAGUUUAAUUUUCUGGCUUUCAUACUGCAGAACAGUGCUGCAGGAUUUCAGUAAUGACCAGGAACGACUGUCUAAAUUUUAGUCAUAUUUUUUUAGCAUAUUUUUAAAACAUUGUACUAUCAGAACUGGUUAAACAAAUUUAUCAACAGCAACACCGCCACCUGCGUUCCCCCUCCCCGAAACAAGCACAAGGAGUUUUUUUAAACUCAAAUACCUGAUAGUGUCAACCCCUAAAUUAAUUUCAGCCAGGAACUGGUUGUAGAAUUCCAAUAUAUUAAUUGCUUUUAUCCUGCCUCUAAAACCUUCAUACUGAAGUUGAACCUGCAAGUGCAGAAAGGAAAGUGCAUCUUGAAGUGUAUUUUUUUAUUAUUAUUAUUAUUAUUAUUUUAGGAAAGCUCUGACCACUUAGACUUUUGAGUUUGUAAGUUCUAAAAAAUAUUUUUUUGUAUUUUUGUAUUGUAUGUGUAAUCUUUUUUCUUUUGAAGUCUGAUGCAGUUGAAUACCUGUAACUGUUUUCUUUAAAAGCCUUGUUAUAAACAUAACAUAAAAAUGUAUACAUUAUUUUUUUUUUCCAUAGCAGAAAUACUGGGUUUAUUUAAAACAAAACACACUUUCAAAACUGACUUUCAGGACUUCCGAAACAGAUUUGGGCAUUACUGGAACUAGGCAAGGCAAACUUUUCACUUAUUUUCAUCACAUGUGGUUAUGUUUGUUGAAAUAAAUCCCUUUAAGAUAGUGGUAA